AUGUCUACACAACCACAGAAACGCGGUACGUUUAUCGUCCUCGAAGGCCUCGACAGGUCCGGGAAGAGCACGCAGGCGGCGAUCCUGCUCGAGCGCAUACAGGCCGCAGGCAUCUCUGCAAAGUUCAUGAAGUUCCCUGACCGCACGACGCCUAUUGGGAAGAUGAUCGAUGCCUACCUGCGCUCCGAGACCGAGCUCGACGACCACGCCGUGCACCUGCUUUUCUCCGCAAACCGCUGGGAACUUGCAUCGACCAUUGAAUCCACCCUCCGUGCGGGCACGACCAUCAUCUGCGACCGCUACGCCUUCUCCGGCAUCGCCUUCUCCUACUCCAAACUCGCGCCUCCUCCCCCAUCUACCACUUCCUCUUCCACCACCGCACACGUCGGCUCUCUCCUCUCAUACGAAUGGUGUCGCGGGCCCGACAUCGGCCUCCCCGCGCCGGACCUCACGCUCUUCCUCGACGUGCCGCCCUCGGCUGUGCGAGCACGCGGUGGCUUCGGCGAGGAGCGCUACGAGCGGCCGGACGUCCAGCAGCGCGUGAAGGAAGCAUUUGAACGUAUCGGCGAGGAGAUGGGUGAGGGUAUCCUCCGCGAGGGCCGCUGGGUCGUCGUCGAGGCCGAGCGGCCAAAGGAGGACGUCGCGAAGACGGUGUGGGAGUGGGUCGGUCCGCUGGCGGCGGGCACGGACAGGCCACUGACGAGACUCUGGGAUGAGAAG